ACAAAUUGGGAAGCAAUCGACAGGACGAGGGGUGGCGCUCGCGCUUGCGCUUAUGCACUUAGCUUAGCAUUCGUUUCGAAAAGUAAGACGAUUGAGUUUCCGACUUCCGUGUCGAGAGAAACACCGAGAAACAAAAAAAGCCCUGGUAUUUAAUUUUUUGAGUGGUCGGUUUUAUUUCACCGACGGGUCGUCUGUCGAUAUAAUUUAGCGUGAAUUCGGUUCAUGAGCCAGGACAGGAGGCGUAAAGCGAUAGCGCAGGCGCGGCGGGUUUAGCCGACACUACCGGCAUGGCAAGGGACUACGAUUACCUCUUCAAACUGCUCAUUAUCGGCGACAGCGGUGUGGGGAAGAGCAGUCUUCUACUGCGCUUUGCAGACAACACAUUUUCAGGUAGUUAUAUUACCACUAUAGGGGUUGACUUCAAGAUCCGUACAGUAGAGCUCAAUGGCGAGAAGGUGAAAUUGCAGAUCUGGGACACAGCAGGCCAGGAGCGCUUCCGAACCAUCACUUCCACGUACUACAGAGGAACCCAUGGUGUCAUAGUGGUGUAUGAUGUCACCAGUGCUGAAUCUUUUGUCAAUGUUAAACGGUGGCUACAUGAAAUUAAUCAGAAUUGUGACGACGUUUGUCGAAUACUGGUGGGUAAUAAAAAUGAUGACCCGAACUCUAAAGUUGUGGAGACAAAUGAUGCCCAAAAGUUCGCAGAGCAGAUGAGCAUCCACCUGUUUGAGACGAGUGCAAAAGAGAACAUUAAUGUUGAGGAGAUGUUCAACUGUAUCACGGAGCUGGUGUUGCGGGCAAAGAAGGAAUCUGUGGCUAAGCAGCAACAGCAGCAACAGAAUGAUGUUGUUAAGCUCAGCAAGAACAGCAAACGAAAGAAAAAGUGUUGCUAGUGGAUGCUAGUGGCGCUUGACCACGACUCUCAUUGCAGAAACCCUAUAGAGAAAUGGACUAUGAUCACAUUCAUUAAACAAAGCUUAAUAAAUAUAAUAAUGAAAUGAAAAAAAAAACAAGCAUGUCCCUUUUGGACAUAUACAAAUUAUGAAGACUUUUUAAAGAAAAUGUACAGAUUUUAUUAGAAUUAAGAAAUUUUUAAGUGGGAAUUCAAUAGCUGUGGUAUUUAAUAAAAGUUCCUCCUUCAUUCUUGAAGGACCUGCAAGCUGA